GAGUUUCCCUCACCCCGGACUGCCUUGUGCCCUUCUCCGCACCGCGCUGCCCGCCCUCCCCUCCCUCUACACCAUGUCCACGAAGUUCAACCGCCCGCGCAUCGAGGAUGUCCUCACCCAGCGCUUCUUCAUUCGCCCCUCCUUCGACAUCUACGGCCCGGUCGGUGGUCUGUACGAUCUCGGCCCCCCGGGGUCUGCUCUGCAGGCCAACCUGCUCGAGGAGUGGCGCCGCUUCUUCGUGGUCGAGGACCAGAUCCUCGAGCUGGACACCUCCAUCAUGACCAAGGAGGAUGUCUUCCGCACGUCCGGCCACAUUGAGCGCUUCACCGACUUCCUCGUCCGCGAUGUCGUCACCCACGAGAGCCUGCGUGCUGACCACCUUCUGGAGGAGUUCCUCACCAACUAUCUGGCCAAGGCCAAGGUCUCCGAUGAGACCCGCGCCGAGAUCGAGGAUGUCAUCAAGCGUGUUGACGACUACAGCGGCGAGGAGCUUGGCGCUGUCAUGAAGAAGUACAACGUCAAGUCCCCGGCUGGCAACGACAUCACCGACCCCGCCCCCUUCAACCUGAUGUUCUCUUCGAACAUCGGCCCCCAGGGCAACGUCAAGGGUUACCUUCGCCCGGAGACCGCUCAGGGGAUGUUCGUCAACUUCAAGUACCUGUACGAGUACAACAACUGCCGGAUGCCCUUCGCCGCGUCGCAGAUCGGCCGCGCCUUCCGUAACGAGAUUUCCCCCCGGUCCGGCCUCCUGCGUGUUCGUGAGUUCACCAUGGCCGAGAUCGAGCACUUCGUCCAUCCCGACCGCAAGGACCACCCCAAGUUCGUGACCGUCAAGGACAUGGUGGUCCCCCUGUACCCUGCCCCGCCUCGUGACAACCCCGAUCAGCCCCGCGAGAUGGUCCACAUGACCCUCGGCGACGCGGUGUCCCAGGGCAUCAUCAACAACGAGACCCUCGGCUACUUCCUUGGCCGCAUCUUCCUGUUCGCCAAGCGCAUUGGCCUGCUGCCGGAGCACCUGCGCUUCCGCCAGCACGGUCUCAACGAGAUGGCCCACUACGCCGCCGAUUGCUGGGAUCUCGAGGUGGAGACCUCCUACGGCUGGGUCGAGUGUGUCGGCUGCGCUGACCGCUCCUGCUACGAUCUGUCUCGCCAUGAGGAGGUCACCCGCAAGGGCCUGGUCGCGGUCGAGCGCCUGGAGGAGCCUUACUUCGAGGUUCAGCGCAACCUGAAGCUGAACACCGGCGCCAUUGCCAAGACCUUCCGCCAGCUGACCAACACCGUGAAGAACCACUUCCAGGGCAUGGGCCAGGCGGAGCUGGAGGCCCUGCAGGAGCAGAUCAAGGCCAUCGGCAGCGGGAACCUGUCGUUCACCAUCGACGGCCAGACUCACGAGAUCGACGUCAGCUACCUGACCAUCACCGAGACCACCAAGAAGGUCGAGGUGCGCGAGUUCGUCCCCGGUGUCAUUGAGCCGUCCUUCGGUAUCGGCCGCCUGCUCUACUGCAUCCUGGAGCACACCUUCACCCUGCGCGAGGAGGACACCGCCCGCAGCUACUUCCGCUUCAGCCCGCGUCUGGCCCCGGUCAAGGCGGUCCUGGCCCCGCUGUCCAACAACGCUGCCUUCACCCCGCUGAUCGAGAAGCUCUCUGCCGACCUCCGCAAGCACACCAUCAUGUACCGCAUCGAUGACUCGUCCAGCUCCAUCGGCCGCCGGUAUGCGCGCCUCGAUGAGAUCGGUGUCCCCUUCGCCCUGACCGUGGACUUCGAGUCUGUCAAGAACGAGACCUGCACCCUGCGCUUCCGUGACGACCCGCGCAGCCAGGUCCGCAUGCCGAUGGCCGAGGCCGGUGCCCUGGUCGCGGAUCUGGUGGCCGGUACGACCACCUGGGAGGCCGUCCUGGCCAAGUACCCCCUGCACACUGCGCAGGAUGUCUAAGUGCCAUGAGCAUGGGACCUUGGGGGGAGGACCAUGUGCGAGGCCUCUUCUGGUCGUCGUCCGUAUGCGUCGGUUGCUGCUGUUGCGUGCGCGCACACCUGCUACUCUGCCCCUCUCCCCCUCCCGGUUUGUAUGGCACCUGCAUCCGCCCGCCUUUGCUUGUGCGUAGGAUGGACGCUUCCCGCUGGGUGCGUUGCUGUGCAUGUGUACGCCCUGCUGGCGCGAAUAAAGAUGGGGUGUCUAUUUUCUCCCCCCCCCCCCCUCCCCACC